GUAACACUGAAUAAAAUGCAAUUUGAUUGGUACUUUUUAGUAACACUGUAUAACUUAAUAAUGUUUAAAAGAAGAACGCGAUUAUUUAUUAUUAACGACGAGUCUAAUUGAAUCGGUCAUUUGAAAAUCGACAUAAGUCGAAAAUACUGAAUUUUGUUACUAGCCGUUACCAUGAACUUUUGCUUUCUGGUUUUAUUUUAUUUUGUGGCUAUCUCUCAAUGCAUGAUAAUAAAGUACAAAAAAUGCACGUCUCCAGCAUCAAGUGCUGUUAUUGGCGAUGUUAUAAUUACCCCAUGUGAUAGCCUUCCUUGUUCGUUUAAACGAGGUGGGAGUGGUAACAUAAAAAUUAAUUUUCAAGCAACAAAAAAUAAUUCUGAGCUUACCUCAGUAGUAAAAGGAAAAAUUGGUCCACUAUGGGUUCCAUUUCCACUAUCUCAACCAGAUGCAUGUCAAAAUGAAGGAAUUACUUGUCCAAUAAAAGAUGGGCAAUCAUACCUUUUUUCGUAUGAUUUACCAAUUUCAACAACAUAUCCUGCGAUCUCAUUAGUCGUUAGCUGGGAGAUACAAGACGAAAAUGGCAACGAUGUGGUGUGCAUUCAGCUUCCGAUAAAACUCGAAUAAAACUUCAAAAAAUAGAAAAACAAUUUACUUUAUUAAUUUAGUUAACAAUAUUGAUUCUGUAAAAAAAAAGCAGAAUUAAAUAUGUCAAAAAAAAGCA